CGCUAUAAUAUACGCUUUCGUCCGGGCACUUUAUCCGCUUCUCUGGUCCCUGCGCUGUAACCCUUCCCGGCCGUGUUCCGCAAAAUACACCCUACAUACUUCCUCUCAGAAUCCCUCGCUGUGUUCCAGCACCCUGUGCGACGACAGCGACUUCUUUCCAGCUUCUUUUUUCGGCGUGGAACACCAAGGAAUGCUCGUGUUAAUGACGGCGGGUUCUAUACAACAUCGGCUUUCCCUACGUUAUGCGAGAACCAUAGAUGUUGGUGAUGUUCAUUAAACGACUCUUUGAUGACAAUCUUCCAACUACCUUGGUGUGCCAGGAGGAGGACAAUUGUACACGUCAGUAAUGGCCAAUAACCCAAAAAACGACACGGCUUCAGUCUCCCAUGUCGAACGGCGGUCGUUAUGCCUCCCAAGCCUUCAGCCCGGCGUACCCACGCAAUACGGAGAAGAGGGCUUUGUCAAGAACAUUGCAAACCACUUCCGACCCAGUGAAAACAAUGCCCUCGAAAGACUGGUGGACCUCAAGCGGGAGCUGCGGGAGGCUGAUACCGAGACAUUCUGGAGAAGAUUGAUGGAGGGUAUGACGGACCUCUGCCAGGCACAGUAUGGCUUCGUGGCGAAAAGAAUACUCAGAGACGAUCACAAGUCGGCUGUUGAAAUGCCACCCAUAGGAGAAGUUGGGUCGUGUCUGCUCGGAGUUGCAUUCUACUACAAUGAUGGUGACAAGCAAAAAGCCAUGCACCGCGACUACAAAUACCACGCCUGGGAUGCGCCAUGCGCCUACAUGAAGCAUGAAAAGGUCUUCUUAAUACCGGAGCAGAUGAGCGCUUUUAUUACCGAAAACCCCAAUGCUCUUCCCCUCCCAGCCGAAGGGUAUAUGGGUAUCCCACUAUUUGCUGACGGAAAAUGCUUCGCUCAUUUUGGUCUGAUGUGGACGCAAGAUGGCCUGGACAGGCGAGAGAACUCCUGGGCCUAUAUCGAGCUGCUAUUGCAUUCACUCGAGGAUAUGAUUACAGAACGACUUGUCUCCGGCCAGGCUUUCGUCAAGCCUCGAUCAACCAGCAUACCUCGCCCAAGUCAGGUCAUCCCUCGGGAAGCCAUCACUGCUACUACUCAGUCUUUGAGGCCUUAUGCCAAAAGCCUUUCGCACGAGCUCAGAACACCAAUGCAGGGCGUGGUCGGCAUGCUUGACGUGAUGCAUGCGACAGUGCAGGAGCAGAUAGAGAUACUCUCGAACCCAUCACUACGCCAAAUAUUCCAAACAUUGAAGGAGAACAUUGAGACAGUUCAAGACAGCUCCAAACGUGCCGUUGAGGCUGCAGACAACGUGGUCCACGCCUAUGACAUGAAUAUGCAGGUACCGGAGACACCUAUGAACGAGAAUGACACUCCGGCCACUGCCACAGCAAAUACUGGAUAUUUCGACUUCAAGCCCGCUCGAUUGAUAGAAGGAAGUGAUAUUCAUGUCAACCAUUCUUUCAAGCGCCGACGCAGCAGCCAAACGACCUGGCAUUUCGGCAAUGCCACCAAAAUGAGACACCUGGACUCUUCUACCCGAGUGGACGUCUCUCCGAAAAGUGGGACAUCGGCUUUCCCUCCUCCUCCAUCCUCGACACCCCGGACCGCAUUCUCGGAUGAACGGUUCUCGACUGUUUUCACUCCCAUGCAGGAUGGAAUGACGAGUGGUGAUCUGAGUACUCCCUCGACAAAGUUGUCGGUUGAGAGUGAUACAUUUCCCACCCCUGGCUUGAAAAACUGCAGAAUCAGAAAUCUCAUACCUAUGGUCAUCCAUGAGGCCUUGAGGGUGGGAGGUCGCCCAGACUCUGCCGUUGGUGAACCAAUCGAUAAUGGCGAGAGGACCGUUGUGAGAUCGCGGUCGUCCAACGGACAUGUGUCACAGAAGAUUAUUGAUUGGACCGUGGCUGAAGACGUGCCCGAAACUGUACUGGCGGAUGAGCGAGAUUUGGCAAAGCUGAUAUCGGCUGUCUUUCUCAAUGCCAUCAAGUUUACCGAGGAAGGCAUGAUUACUAUUUGCAGUCGACUUUCACAAAACCAGCGAUAUCUCCUUCUCAACGUGCACGACACUGGAGAUGGUAUACCCGAAGACUUCCAGCCGGAGCUAUUUAAAGCGUUUUCGCGGGAAGACGAUUCUUUGACCAGGUCGAAAGAGGGUCUGGGGCUUGGUCUGUUGGUUGCCAAAGGGCUAGCACGACGGCUGGGUGGAGAUAUCACCCUCGUGAGAUCGGAGAUUUCUGGGCCAAACCGAGGAUCCGAGUUUGAAAUCAAAAUUCCGAUGGAGGCAGGCGAUGCGUCGACCCGCUUGAACACUCCACGGAGCAAAACUCCAGACGUGUCAAGAAGCACACCUCAUCCGCCCACGACUUCUAAUCGACCAGACACAACUCCGUCACGGAUGCUUGAAUUGGGAAGUGGCCCUUCCAUGUCUGCACAGCGGCCGGAAGUCCAGCAUGCUUUGACACUGCCGAAGCCCACUUUCGACUUUUCUGCGCCUGCAGGCCCUCGGAGACUCUCCACGCCGAGACUGCCCCGGCGGAAGGACUCUUAUGACAGGAAUCUGGGUCAAAAGCAUCCUCUGACAUUCUUGGUUGCCGAAGACAACAAGAUCAAUCGAAAGUUACUCGUCAGCAUGCUCGGCAAGCUAGGGUAUAAAAACGUCCAUGAGGCUUUCGACGGGAGAGAAGCUGUGAGAAUCAUGCGUGAACUAUAUGGCUCGAACAAGACAUGCAGCGGUACAAUCGGCAGGCAUGCGAAUAAAAAGGUGGACGUCGUCUUGAUGGAUUUAUGGAUGCCCGAAAUGGAUGGCUACGAAGCAACCGAGCACAUACUGGCAAUGUUCCAGAAUGCGAAUGGAUCGAACCAAGAUUGUACACCUGCGCCGAUUGUGUUGGCGGUGAGUGCCGAUGUCACCGACGAAGCCAUCAACCGUGCGACCAAGACCGGCAUGGAGGGUUUCAUGACCAAACCUUACAAGCUUUCGGACUUGCAAAAGUUGAUAGUUGAAUUCUGCAUCAAGAGCGACGGUGUUGGGCUAUCUGAUUAAGUCCAGGCAACAGAUUGACCUGGUUCAUCAUCUCGAAGAUUGCAUGUGAACGCAAUUCUUUGGAGGUUUGUACAUUUAUUUUGUGGGAUGCAUCACAUAUGACGACUUUUAUGAUGGAUAGAUUGAGUGAUUGAAAGAUACCCAUCCAGAUAGGCAAACAUACCUU